AUGUCAGAGCAAGCAUCGAACUCGGGCGAGGCGCCCCUGUCAGCGCUCAGCACAUCGACGCUAGGAUCUGCACCCAAACGCAUACGCCAUCGAGAGACGCAGAUCGAAUCAGCCUACGAGCUUCAACGUAAUGCUGCGAUGAAAGGUGCCCUGCUCUAUACCGCCCUCGGAGCAUCCAGCUGCUUCCUUGCGCACCAUCUCUUCCCCGGUUUCCGCCGACAGACCCUCGCGCUUAAAGGCUUCAUCACCUCUGGUUUUACUAUCUUUGGCUUCGUCGUGGGAGCAGACACGGUGCUGCUCAGCCACGAAUCGCAACAACGAUCGGAGGAGAACAUGGUCCGUAGCCGUGCACGUGCCGAGUUGGGGAAAAAAGGGAUCGUAGCGAGUGAGAAGGAGAUCGAAAAGUGGAAGGACGAGUAUAUUCAGCAGAAGUUGGAGGAAAGAAGACUAAGGAGGGAACAGUUGAUGCGACAAUUUGAGGAGGAGGCUCAUUCAAAGGAGGCAGAGGCGAGCUCAACAUGA